CACACGCACAACUAACCAUAAUAAUGUCUGGAAGAACCAGGUUUCUUACAUUUCUUACCAUCCUCAUCUUCUGUGAAGCCCCAUUUGCUGAACAGAACCAGCAGUGUGUCCCUUCUAGUUGUGGGCAUAUUCAGAACAUCAGCUACCCUUUUCGAUUGAAAACUGACCCAAAGCACUGUGGCGAUGAAAAGUAUGAACUUAGCUGUGAAGAGAAUCGCGCAAAAUUAUAUGGGUAUGCGUCGGGCUUUGGAUCGAUGAAUUACUACGUGCAAGCCAUUAAUUAUGAUAACUCCACAAUCCGCAUUGUGGAUUCUGAUAUAAGAGAAGAUCUUUGCUCUCUUCCUCAGCAGCAGUAUUAUGAUAACUCCACAAUCCGCAUUAUGGUUUCCAGUAUACCCUCUAUUUUUGAGACUUAUAAGCGCAGUAAUGGUAUUCUGCUGGCAAAACCAAUCACUAUAUUCAGCUGUCCAUUUGCCAUAAAUUAUCCAGGCAUUGUAGAAAUCACUAAUUGUCUCAACAGGAGUUAUGCUUCCAAUACUUCUUUUGAAUUAUUAAAGGGACACACAUAUGCAACCAUGGCCAAAUUGUUGCCAUCUGAUUUGAGAGUAGGGUGUACUAUAGACCUCAUGUUAAUGACUUCAUGGCAUACUGAGGAUGCACGUAUUUCCAUUUUGGAUUUACAUAAUGCUUUGGCAUAUGGGUUCGAACUUUCAUGGUUUCCUGUUUACUGUAGCAAGUGCCAAUAUUUAUUUGGCUGCGAAGGUGAAAAUUCAAGGGAUGUUCGCUGUCUGGAUUUGAACUGCAAAGCUUACAAUUUUAGAUUCUUCAAAACCUUUUGUGUUGCUCAAAGACAUGUUCUCCGCGUUCUUGAAAGAAUUAUCCCAUGGAUACUUCCCAUAUUUGGACUUAGCGUUGUGGCAAGAAUCAUAAUAUUCCCAUGCAUAUUUGUGUUUCUAUUGAUUGAAUUACGAAGAAGGCAUUUGUCGAUUUUUGAUGCAAUUGAAAGUUUCCUGCAUAGUGAGAACAAUUUCAUGCCCAUUCGAUACCCCUACUCCAACAUAAGGAAGAUGACUAGGAAUUUGAAGGAGAAACUAGGCCAAGGAGGUUAUGGUUCAGUAUAUAAAGGCAAGCUCCGAAGUGGUCCUGAUGUAGCAGUGAAGAUCUUGAGCAAGCCUAAAGCUGAUGGGCAAGACUUCAUCAAUGAGGUUGCCACAAUCGGGAGGAUUCAUCAUGUUAAUGUAGUACAACUUAUUGGCUAUUGUGCUGAGAGAUCUAAACGUGCCCUUGUAUAUGACUUCAUGCCUAAUGGAUCACUUGACAAGUACAUCACACCCCAAGUAGAAGGAACUCUACUAAGCUGGCAAAGAAAGUCUGAAAUUGCUCUUGGAGUUGCUCGAGGUAUUGAAUAUUUGCAUCGAGGUUGUGACAUACAAAUUCUACAUUUUGACAUCAAGCCGCACAACAUACUUUUGGAUGAGAAUUUCGUUCCAAAAAUUUCUGACUUUGGUCUUGCCAAAUUAUACCCAACGGAUAACAGCAUUGUUACUCUAACAGCAGCAAGGGGAACAAUUGGAUAUGUAGCUCCAGAAUUGAUCAACAGAAGCAUUGGUCCUGUAUCUUAUAAGGCAGAUGUUUAUAGCUUUGGAAUGCUGCUAAUUGAGAUGGCAGGCAUGAAAAGAAACUCGGCAGCAAGAGAGGAUAUGUCAAGCCAGUAUUUCCCACAUUGGAUCUAUGAUCAAUUCGACAAGGAAAAAGAAAUUGAAGUACUAGACGAGACGCAUGAUGAUGAAAAGAAGAUUAUAAAGAAGCUAACUUUAGUUGCCUUGUGGUGCAUACAAAUGAAUCCACUCUAUCGUCCCUCAAUGACUAAAGUAGUGGAAAUGAUUGAAGGCGAAUUACAGGCUUUGCAAACGCCUCCUAGGCCUUCUGAAUCACUGCAACCAUCUCCGUUGGAAUUCAAUCUGAGUUCUUCAAUAGGUUCAACUGAGUCUAUGAUAUUGCUUGAGAAUUGUUCAGAUUCUGCAAAAGUAGAUGUAAUUAUUGGUUGACAUGUGAGUACCACAAACUGUAACUUCACAUUAUGUAAUACUUGUGCUCUAUCUUUAUGUAACUUUCUAUUUUUGUCUUUUAUGCCUUUAUGUGUAAUGAACAUGGUUUUUGCAAAUU